CUGGCAAGAGCUGCCGAGGGCUGCAGGAACAAACACGCUCUGGAAUUUGGUUUCUGCCCUGGCAGGCAGCUCCCUUCUGCUUCUGCUUCCCGCCCCAUGGGGCCAGCCAGCGAACCGACGAACUUGUUGUAUAGAAAGAAGGGAGAGGGGGAAAUGCAAGUGCCGGCACUUCGCAGCGUCCAGGAAAUCGUUUCCUAAAGCACACUCUCCCAGUAAAUUCGGAUGGACAAGGCUUUGCUGUCACAAUCUGCAGCCAAGAACUGGCUAUGUGAUUUCAAAUAGCACUCAGCAGAGAAGAGAGACUUCCUGGUGAUUUCUGCUGGAGAUGUACUCCCCUGCCAGAGAGUUCACCUUCCUUCCCUGAAGCUUCACAGCGUAACAAACUUGCCAAAGCACACUGUUCAAAUACAUCUGACCAGCAAGUUCUUCUGGAAUUUUAAAAAAGUUGCAAUAAAAAUACCAGAGAAGACACCAAAUCACAGGAAUUUUUAACAUACCAUUAUAAUGGUAAGCUCUAAUUGUUCCACUGAGGACUCCUUUAAAUAUACUUUGUAUGGGUGUAUCUUUAGCAUGGUGUUUGUUCUUGGCCUCAUAGCAAACUGUGCAGCGAUCUACAUUUUCACUUGUACUUUAAAAGUGCGAAAUGAGACUACAACUUACAUGCUUAAUUUAGCCAUAUCAGAUCUGCUUUUUGUGUUUACAUUACCCUUCAGGAUUUAUUACUUUGUAACCAGAAACUGGCCAUUUGGAGACAUUCUCUGCAAGAUUUCUGUCACUCUCUUUUACACAAAUAUGUAUGGGAGCAUUUUGUUUCUGACUUGCAUCAGCGUGGAUCGCUUUUUAGCUAUAGUACACCCCUUCCGAUCCAAGACUCUCCGGACCAAAAGGAAUGCAAAGAUUGUCUGUGCUGCAGUAUGGAUAACCGUGCUAGCAGGCAGCACACCAGCAAGCUUUUUCCAGUCCACAAACCGCCGGAACAAUACAGAACAAAGGACGUGCUUUGAAAACUUUUCAGAGGACACGUGGAAAACCUACCUAUCCCGGAUUGUUAUCUUCAUUGAAACCGUUGGGUUUUUUAUCCCGCUCAUCCUGAACGUGACCUGCUCCACUAUGGUCCUACGGACCCUGAAUAAACCGCUUACAUUAAGCCGGAAUAAAGUAAGCAAGAAAAAGGUACUCAAAAUGAUUUUUGUCCAUUUGGUGAUAUUCUGCUUCUGCUUUGUGCCUUAUAACAUUACCUUAAUACUUUACUCCCUGAUGAGAACACAGACCUGGGUCAAUUGCUCAGUGGUGACUGCAGUCAGGACUAUGUACCCCAUAACUCUGUGCAUCGCUGUUUCAAACUGCUGUUUUGACCCCAUUGUCUAUUACUUCACAUCAGAUAAUUCAAAAUUCCAUAAAAAAGAACCGGUCCACCAGACCACAGGAUGUCAGAUUCUCUGAAAGGCCAGCUUCAGAAAGUUUCAUUCAACAUAGCCUUCAGACCAUAAAAAUGAAAAUAUUUGACAGUGACUCUACAAUAUAAACUACAUUAAAAGACUAUUGGGACCAAACUGGAAUUAGAAGCCUGCACAUUUCUUCAGCUGUGGACAUAUAUUCUUAUAUGCAAAGGCUGUGCUUCCUUCACAUCUGAAAAGUUUAUUACAAGGCUGUAAAAGUGUGCAUAGCAGCACACAGAAAAAGUAUUUUAAAAAUCUAUGUCAAAGGUCUGUGACAAAUUGUAUGUUAGAAAUGAACUUUUGAGUUUAGAGGCUAACCAAAGUCCAAGGACUGUUUCUUAAGUCAAACACAAAUGAAAAAGUAGGUUGUUUUCCUUCCUGAAGUUAAAACAGUUGCUCAAUUUUAUAAUGAUAUCGGCUUCCAAGUUACUGAGGUGAAGUUACCUGCUCCACACUGCAGGAAAAUGGCCCCAUAUUGUCAUAUCACUUCAGCUAUACUGUGUCUUCCCCAGUUUCCACUUGCUUCUCUUGCUCAUCCCCUACUGUCUUUUUCCCCUGUGCACCUUCCUUCUUAGGGACCAUUAUGCUCACAGGAGGCUUCAAUCAGUGGGUUACGAUAGCUUUGUUUCUCCCAGGUUUAUCUGAUAAAAAUACAUGCUCUCUCCACAAGCCUGGCCCCCAUAAAGCAAUUAUGUCUCCUGGUAGUUUAGAGCAUUUGGAAAUGUCUCAGACAAACUGGUUCUUCUUCUCACCUCUCUCUCAGAAGCCUGUGUGAUUAAAACAAAGUAACUUGUGAUGACUGAAGUUAAUGCUUUAGGUACAGUACCACUUUCUAAACUCUUUUGUGAGGAGUUCUUAAACUCAGCAUGACUUUUGAGGAAAAUAACAUCCUCCGAAUAAGUUAAUUUGAUCUCAAAGUACAGUUGCUUAGUAAAACAAGACCUUUUAUAACUAGAAAUAAACAUGUGUAUCAAGUUGAUUAUUUCUUCCAGGAGACUAUCUGAUGUCCCAUAAAGAAAUUCAAGAUGCUGUAAUUUUGGAGUUCAACUUCAUCUUAAUUUUUGCAUCCUAGAAAUCAUUUUAACAUGAGCAUUUAAAACUUCAAAUUUCCUUUCAAACUUUAAAAAGUAUAAAAAUAAAGUACUUGGGGCUACAUGCUGGCAAAAUUAAUCAAGACACUUGGAAAAGUUAGCACCAUGUAAAAGGAGGAAUCCAAAUAUGUUACUGUUACAAACAGGAAUACAUAGACAAAACUGCUUUAAAACAUCCUGCUAUAUAUACAUUUCCCAGCUACUAGAACACUGUGUACAUUUUCCUCAGAAUUAAUUUAACAUCACUGUAUAAUAAAAUAAAAUUUAAAAGGUAAAA